AACGGUAUUACGGUAAUGCGUCGGGGGGAUCCGAUUGUCAUCAUCCAAUGAUAGAUCAUAAUUGCACCUACCGCCCAGACCCUUUUCCACCCUUUCCCUCCCACGGCGAAACCAGCCAAACUCUCUCUCUCUCAAAUUCUCUCCUCUCGUUUAUUUCCCUCUUAUUAUCCGUUCAUUAUUCUUUUCUCUCUUUUUCUUCAACACCACACUAUUAUAGACGCUAUCUUUUAAUUAUCGCCAACCGGUGUAUCUCACUGGCUAUAAUAAUAAGCGCUGCGGGACGGCUAUUCUUCCAACUCUCCUGGCAACAAAUCCCUGAUUGGUGAACGAGAUCACCCAAGAUUAUGCCCUUGAACUAACAACUCUCUUCCAUCCUGCUAUUAUUUCUAUCAUUCCUCUCAUCUUUGAGACCUCGAAUUUCCAAAUACAAGAUUCUCUCACUUCAUUUCCCACCGACCAGAGGUGACGAGCAUGCCAGUUGUUGUCCUGGCCGCUG